AUUAUAAAAAUAAAAGAAUUAUAGAAAUAAAAAGAAGAGAUGGUGAGAAUAUUGAAAAAGCCUUUGAAUUUCAGAAUAUCUUACCUUGAAGAAUAAUUAUCCUCGGGAUAGAAUAUUUAGAAAUAGAAAGAAGUUAGGACUAAAUCCAGCUGUUUACAUUUUCACUCACGUUGCAGGAGCUCGCGUGAAUUCAUUACUUACCCAUAGCCGAACAAGCUGUUUCUCGAAAGUAAAAGAAACGUUCCUCAAUAUUCAUUAGACUCGUUCCUCUUUCGACGGAAAGGGAAAAACUCUGGCGUUAGUUUGUGAAUAAUAAACGUAAACAGAGGUAAGGAGGAUCGAUGGAAGUGUACGAAGAGCAUUUCGGAAGCGUCUCAGUCAAACUCCGUCGAUUUUGACAAGUUGCCAAGCGUUUGAAACCGGGUUGCAUAAUGUUCUUCGUCGAAAAAUCAUUUUCCAUCUUACGGCUGUCGAUGGCUCUUCGAAAAUAAGCAACAAACGAGAGCAGAACAGCGCGAACGAGAGACAAUGAUCGAUUUCGCGAUCCCUAAUGCAUCGACCGAUCGAUUUAACGAGGCCGCAAGGUAAAGCGAACGUUGAAUUUCGUGUGGUCAUCGCCGCAAAAAUAUUUGCCCUCUGUUUGAAAAUAUUUUAUCAGCCCGCGCAAAUGUUUGACUUUCGAUAAUGGAUACGGUGUAACGAGGUUUCGCGCAGUUAAGUGAAACAGUGUUGCUAACUGUGUGUUUUAUAGCUAUUCGACGACGUGCAACGAAGUUUGUUAACGUCUUUGUUCCGUUGCGAAAUCAUUUGACGGAAGCAAACGAAUAUUUGUGUGCCAGGUUGACACUUUGAUAUUACCUUUGGAGUCGAGCAUGUAACUCGAUUUUCCGAUUGAAGAGAACUCCUCACUGAUGAUAUUUCAAUAUUGACUCGAAUUCGAAAAUGUUGUCUUUAUCUUAUACCAAAUCGCAAGAACGCAUCUGAAGUUCAAGAGUGAUUUAUAACAGGAUCUCAGAGGAAUCGAAGAAAUGGUGACACUUCGAUAUUGAUGUCUCUCUUGGAAUUGUAGAUGCGAUUUUCAGGCUUGAAGUACUUUUAUAGUAAAAAUUAUUCUUCAAUUUUUGCAGAAACGAAGAAAAAUGAACCCGUUUCAAAUUCAGCAGAGAUUCAUAAAAUAACCCAAACGAUUUGUGCCAAAUCGCAAAGCUCAUUAAAUUGAUGAUUCUUCGUUUUAUUAUCUCCGAACGCAAGGAUAUCGUGCGAAGAACCCAGAGCGAUUCUGUGAAAUCGUUAAGGAACCCUCGAAAGUUGAGGCGAUCGAAGCCCGCGGCAAGAAACGACGAGAGGCUUGCGAACCGGAAACAUGAAGAACGCUCACCCGAUUAUAAGAGCCGCGUCGUCGAGUCUGGUCAAUCCGGAUUCCUCGUCGUCGAGCGAACUUGCGGAACCGAUCAUCAGAUUGAAGGUGGAUAAACCGCUGCACUGGGAGUGGGAGCUGACCACGUCCGCAGACACGCUUCCUGUCAUCCAGCUGUUGGACAAAGAUGGUCGCCUGUUGGUGGAGACGACUGGAAGAACAGCGCAGAGAGCCAGAGGAUCUUUUCGAGAAGGUCUCAGGUCUCACGAGGAGUUUCCAACGAGCGAGAGGACCGUUUCAUCGUCGUUUUCGUCGUCGUCCACUCCUAGCACGAUUAUACUACCAGCACGAGGGAAUAGGAACGUCGAUGGGUUCAGCACGAAAUUUGGAAGCUGCGACUUCGGUUACAAGCCGAGAAAAUCGAGAAGCGAAGUGACGGUUAAAGAAAGAGAGAAAAAGGGGAAGAAGAGACACUCGGUUAAUUUCGAAAGAAAAGAAAACGAGGAAACAAAAGCGAACCCGAAGAGGUACUCCUUGGGUGAUUAUCUACGACAGCAGAUCAUCGAUGACCUUCGAACGAAGAGCACUUUCGGGAAGAGUCCGGAGGAGCUCGCAAAGGAGAGGUGCAAGAAGGUGAAGGCUUACUUCAGGAGUCAGAGCGAGACUCUGCCCAGACUCGUCCACGUUGAAGAGGAGACCAGCGACGAGCCGAAAUCAAGGAUCGACGAAGAGGAAGUGCGAAGCAAGAGGAUCGAGGAGGGUCUGAAUCGUCUUCGAGCGGCGAUUAAACAAGAACCAUCGGAUGAAGAUACGGGUAAUAUAAGAAGUGCUAUCAAGAAGGAGGAGCUGGAGAAGGUGAAAGCGUUCCUGCAGAGGAAGAUCCAGCAGAAGAUGGAUCAGGAACGAUCCCGAAGCUCGAGCAGAUGCGACAUGCAGACAGGUGGAAUUAAAAAGAGGUACUCGGAUUACGCUCCUGCCGAGGACCCGAGAGGUUAUCGCACCCGAAAGGUGCGCAGCGAGACGAGCGUCUUCAAGUAUGAGCCGGAAAUUCAUCCGAAGGACAGGCAGAAAGUGAGGAGGGAGAGAUCGAAGACCAACAGGUCACCUAUCGAGGACUCCUUCCGACAGAGGUCUCUUCGUCGCUCCGGAGGCAGGAAUCCUGAAACGUUCGAAUUGAGCGAUCGACAGAGAUCCCAAACUCGGGAAUCCAACGGUUUCGAGAAACGGAAGUUGUACCGAAAGACGAAGAGCGACGUGCUGCUGGGUCGGAUGGGAGCGAGCUUCGACUCGGAACAGGAGAAUCCUCCGAGGCGCAUCAGGAGUCAGGACAACGUCGACCUCUCCUGGCGGGAAUACAAAGAAAGGAAAAAACAGGAGAAGCUGCAGCAUGAAUUAGAGAAAGAUGCGAAAGAGGAGGACUUUAUGAGUAAACCGAGGUGGAAGGAUCUCCAGCCGGAUCUGUGCACCUUCAAGAACUGCAAGGUCUGUCAGAACUUGCGGAAUUGCGUGAAUCCUUUCGAGCGACGCGACAGCCGACGAAUCCCCAAGGACCCGCCGCUGAAGGAUUCUUCCGACGUGAUUUCCGAUUGCUCGAGACCGAGUACUAGCCUACAGGAAAAUUACUUGGUCGUUGAUAAACUGUCCGAUACCUCGAGGAAUCCUCUGACAACGAGUGAAGGGAACGGUGCGUCUAAUUUGAACUCUCCCGAUUGCGGUUACAAUACCAUUCCCAGGAACGCGUUUAAGGAUUACAAGGACCUGUACGCUCGAUCGAACGUGAAGAAGAGCGACACGUUUAAGAUCGUGGACGGCAGCGAAGAGCCAGAAGAGACGGGGCGUACGGACGAUUCUAAAGUAGACGAAUCGGUUGACGGUUUCGAUUGCUUGAAAGGAGAAGGCGUGCUGACGAACAAGUCGAACGAGGACAUUGCCAGAGAUUAUUUCAAUAGGGUGUACGAAUUGCUGAAGAAGAGGCAAGAGGAAGCCAGGAGGAUCGCUGAGAGGCAAGAAGCUCCCGGUUGCGACGAUUCGUCGUCUUCUAAUUACACGGAGAAAGUGCAGAGGAGGAAGCUUCGACGCAGGAAAAAGGAGCGCGGUGUGCAAGGCGAGGAAGUCGUAACCGUGCCUCCAGCGAGCGGAGGUCAGGAGAGUUGGAAAGUGCAAACGCUUUCUUUGAACGGCGAAUCGGCGAGUGGCAAUCGUCGGAAAGGUUGUCGUAGCCAGCUGCAAACAGUAUCCACGGGGAAACGCACACGACCGGCACCACCGCCGCCUCCACCGAUAUCCUGCAAGGUCAAUGCCAAGGACAUCGACAAGUACUUCGACUGGCCGAACAAGGAGAACACGCCCGGUAAUGCCGUGAACGGGGUCGAGGGAACGAUCGAGGGUAAACUCGAAAACGAAGAAACGAUCAUGGGCUCGAAUCUGAGUCGACACAACGGCAAGGGCCUGAAUGGCCGGAGAACGCAGUCCUCUGGGAAUCUAUGCGAUCCUAAGGGAAAAUUGAACAGCGUGGGGAAGAUCCUGGUGCCUUGCUCCAGUGCGCAGAGGGAAAGAUACAAAUUCUGCGGCUCCUUGCCUAAUCACCUAGACGAUAAAGAUAUGCUGGACGAUGAUCCAAAAGAAAAUAAUAACACGAUGACUGAUACCAUGGGUGGAAAUCUCGGUGGAACAUUGCCACACAAAAAACGAUCGUUGGGCGUUCAUUUUUCUGAUGGUGGACCAACUGGCACUCUAGACCUUGUGAAACAUCGAUCGCAGGACUCUUUAGACGAAAAUGAUCCUUGGAGAUAUCAGCAGAGCGACCUUGAUCUAGUGAGGUGUCGACACGGGAAUUUCGAUUCGGUGAGGAGAAAUCGCAGCGUGGACACGGUGUCUGGCGAUUCGACGAGGAGAUACGGUCGCGGGGUCUCUGUGGAAGACAGGUGUCACCGUAAUUCGGAUCUUGACCUGGUGGGCACGUUGCCUAAGCGAAAGCUGGACAGCAGAAACAGCGGAAAGUCCUCGGAGACUAAUUCCUCCUCUUCCCAACUGUGCAUCCCCGAUGCGACGGACAACGAUUUGUUGAUGCAAAUCGUGCACAAACCUGACUGCGAACUGGUCAGACAUCGACAGCAGCUUAACAAAAGUAUCGAUCUGAAGCUGAGCAAAUUGGCCGGUGGAGAACCGCAGGAUCAAGGUUACGCUUCGGAACGCUCGCCGGAAGAUGAACAUCCACCAUCGAUGCCUGGACAGCCUUUCCCCAAUAUAACACCUGAGAGCACGUUCCGAGUGACGUUACAGAAGAGCAGCCGGGGACUUGGCUUAAGCGUUUCCGGUGGUGGCACCGCCGGACCGGUUAGGGUGAAAAGACUGUUUCCUCAACAACCCGCGGCCUUGUCCAACAAACUUCAACCUGGCGAUAUACUUCUUGCUGCCAAUGGAAUCCCUUUAACUGGCCUCACCAACUAUGAGGCCCUGGAGGUUCUACGAACGACACCCAGUACUGUGGAGCUGGUGGUGUGUCGACUUCCGGGUGAUACGAACGUCACACCACCGGGUGCACCGCCUCCACCUCCGGCUAGGAGAGAACCACCACCACCCUUACGGAUCCUUAACCCCUUGCCGCCUCUUCAAAUCGAACCCUGCGGCGAAUUCGACAUAGAGAUGACGAAGGUCGGUGGUAGCCUGGGUUUCACCCUGAGGAAGGCGGACAGCAGCGCGUUGGGUCAUUAUGUGAGGGCAUUAGUGCGGGAGCCGGCGUUAAGCGACGGCCGAAUUCGACCCGGCGAUAAAAUAGUCGCUGUGGACGGCGCACCAUUGUCGCCAAUGAGCCACGAAGAGGCUGUCCAAUUAUUGCGACAAUGCGGACCCACUGUGAGGCUACGACUUUACAGAGAUCUGGCGCAAACCCCUGUCUCUGCGCUUUCUCCGACUGAACCCGAUCAUCCACUCCGUCCACCGCGGACUAGUUUGAGACAAGAAGCCGUAGACAUGCUCUGCGAUCUAGCAGUUCGAAAACUAUCACCAGGUACAUCGAGUGGUUCCAGUUGCAAACAAUCACCUGGAGCAUCCUGCAAUUCUCCAAGAAGGCUUCGUCGACUUGCCACGCGUACGGCUAAUGCUGAUAAUGAACAAGAAACUCUGGAGAAGCAUUCAGGCGUGCAAACGACAUCCACGGCCAGCCAAGCAGAGACAUCCGAUUCCGACCAGUGUUCGAUCAGAACGCAGAUAACAAAUUCCCAACCGAACACACCUGGAACAGACAUAAUCGAUCCGCCGCCGUUGUACGACGUUUGCGAUUCCAGUGAUUCCUCGAAGGCACCGGCCCGACCGAGUUUCCUCGACUUAUCGGCACCCCAGGGAAAGCCUCAUUUUCAGUUCUGCAGCCUGGACUCGGAUCUCGAGUACCCCGGAGGCGAGCCGAUUAUCGGCGAGGACGAAGUGAACAACGGUACGACGGUCGAUUACCAGAGAAGAACUAUAAACGCGUUGUCCAGCGAUGAACACGACAACGAUCUACCCUCGGAACCAGCCUCCAUGCCACCGGUACUCUCCUCCGCGAGUAGCUCGAGUGCAACCGCGUUCAGUUACAAGAAUCCUGCUUAUCAAAGCGCUAAUCCAGCCUGCGGUGCGGGCAUCGAUACCACAGCGAAGAAUAAGGCUACCCAUUCGAGUGAUCAGGAUAUACCAGGAAAAAUCUUGGGAGCAGAGGAUCCCGGUGGCAGCAAAGGUUUAUUGAAGUGGAAAGGCGUGAUGUUUGCUCCAGAUGAUGGAAUAGAUAAAACAAAAAACAAAGACGAGAAAGUCGGGAAAGACACCACUGAUUCAGCUGUCUCCAAUACAGAUCUUGAACAAGGAACCGAGGUGUUCAUGGUAGAGCUGACACGUGGAUGGAAUAGCCGAUUAGGAUUUAGCUUACAACCGGAAGGAAAUCGUACUGUCAUAUCCGUGGUACAUCCGGACAGCGUUGCAGCCAAAGAUGGAAGGCUCAAACAAGGGGAUGUACUUAUGAUGGUAAACGAUGAGAGUGUUGAGCACAUGUCAACGGCUGAUAUAAUAGAUCUAUUGCGUAAAAUAAGAGGUUCCAUAGGUAUCACGGUGAUGAGACGAAAUAAACGAGAAAAUGUAACGUGACGCUAGUCAGGUGUAUAAUUGAAGAGUCUAUUUAAAAAAAAAGAGAGAAAGAAAAGAAACACUGUAGUUCAUCACAACCACAUGUUUUUCGUUUCGUAAUGAAGAUCAAUUCCUUGCAAUUCGUUUAUAACUUAUUAUAAUUCUUUAUGAAUAAAAAUAUAAACGAACGUGUCGAUCGAGUGCAAUACACAUGUAUGUAUAUUAACUUAACUGUGAAUAG